UGUCACAUUCAGAGGCGGUGCAAGUCCUGUUUAUAUUCCUCUGAACGAGUUUGAAGUCACGAGGGGAUUCUGAGACUGCACGGUGUAGUGCAGUAACGUUAGCUUGCUAAUAGUUUAUUUAGCAAUCAGCUUGCUGGUGCCGAUAUUGUUCCGACGCUAAAGAAUAUACAUUACAAAUAAGACUGACAUGCGAUGUUUCUCCGAAGUGACAGUCUUCCAGAUCGUUGACGUUGUGAGCUGGUGAAAUGGCAGUCUGAUAAGCUUUUGAUUGUCAUCAGAGUUACAGUGUUACAUAGAUUGAGAAGUGAAGUGUGACCCGACAUUUGACCAUGGCGUCCAGGGACGUCAACGAGAACACUCCACUGUUGGACAGCUCCGUGUCGGUUUCUCGACCCCAGGAGUCGGUCUUCAAAGGGAGACGUCUGGCAUGUGCCGCCAUCCUAGUGGCCGAGUGUCUGGAGCGGAUGGCCUUCUACGGCCUUACUUCUAACCUGGUGCUCUUCCUCAACAGCGAGCCUUUUUAUUGGGAAGGGACACAAGCGAGCCAGGCUCCUCUCAUCUUUAUGGGAGUCACAUACCUGGUGUCGCCGUUCGGCGGGUGGCUAGCGGACGCCUACUUGGGCAAGUUUUGGACUAUCGCUUGCAGUCUCGUCUUCUACUUGCUCGGGAUGCUCUUUUUUCCUUUUGUGGCCAGUGAGAGCACCAGGACGUACCUGUGCGGGGAACAGAUCGCCUUUCCUGUUCAGCCUGCAGAGUGUACAAACUCUUCCAUACCUGCCAAUAUCACCUGCCCAACACGGGCUCCGUACUGCGGGGCUGUCAUCUACAGUAGCCUAGUGCUGGUGGCCUUAGGAGUGGGGACAGUGAAGUCUAACAUAACACCUUUCGGCGCUGACCAGGUGAAGGACCGGGGCCCGGAGGCGACGCGGCGCUUCUUCAACUGGUUCUACUGGAGCAUCAACCUGGGCACCAUCGCGGCGCUGGGCGGCAUCGCCUACGUGCAGCAGAACGAGAGCUUCCCGAUUGGCUACGCGGUGCCCGUGGCGUGCCUGGGCGUGUCCUUGGCGGCGUUCCUGCUGGGCCGCGCCGUCUUCAUCACCAAGCCGGCCGACGGCAGCGCCUUCACCGACAUGGCCAAGAUCCUGGGCUACGCCUGCUGCUGGUCCCAAGUGCCCAAGGAGCCCAGCCUACUCAGACCUAAGCCCUCGUUGUUGGAUGGAGCCAAGGUGACGUACGGAGGAAAGUUCCUAGAGGAGAAGGUGGAUGAAGUGAAAGCCCUCGUCAAGAUACUUCCUGUUUUCCUGGCUCUCAUCCCCUACUGGACAGUCUACUUCCAGAUGCAGACCACGUACUACCUGCAGGGCCUGCACCUGAAGAUCCCCACCACAGCCAGCUCCACCAACAGCUCCGGCUCGCACCAGAUCACGUUCCGGUUCCCGGCGGCGUGGCUGUCCAUGUUUGACGCGGUGCUGAUCCUGCUGCUGAUCCCGCUGAAGGACAGGCUGGUGGACCCGGUGCUGCGGCGCAGGGGGCUGCUGCCCUCCUCCCUCAAGCGCAUCGCCGUGGGCAUGUUCUUCGUCAUGUGCUCUGCCGUCGCCGCCGGUAUCCUGGAGACCAUGCGUCUGGACAUCAUACGGACCCACGGCACCAUUGACCAGGUGUUCGGCCACGCCACCUACUACGCCGCCGACCUGCCCAUCUGGUGGCAGGUGCCACAGUACGUCCUCAUCGGCAUCAGCGAGAUCUUCGCCAGCAUCGCCGGUCUGGAGUUUGCCUACUCUGCUGCUCCGCGCUCCAUGCAGAGUGCCAUCAUGGGGCUGUUCUUCUUCUUCUCUGGGAUCGGCUCCUUCGUGGGCUCGGGCCUGCUGGCCAUCGUCUCCCUCAAGGGCAUCGGCUGGAUGUCCUCCCACCGGGACUUCGGCAACAUAAACGAGUGUAAGCUCAACUACUACUUCUUCCUGCUGGCGGGCAUCCAAGGCGUGACGCUGCUCCUCUUCCUCAUCGUGUCCGUCAAGUACGACAAGCAGAGGGGCCGCCCAGUCAGCAGCCACCGGCCCUCCCUUACCAGCUCCUGACCCCGCCCCCCUCUGAGGUCAGAGGUCAUCACAUGAAGCCCCCCCUUAACUCCCCUCGACCCCCUCAAUCCCACCCCGACGCGUCAUGGUCAGUGCCAAAAUGAAGUGCCUCUACGAUUCUGAGUGUCCUCUUGUGUUUGGAUUUUUCUUUUCUUAUGUAUUUUUUAAAAAAUGUGUGUUUGUGUUUUUUCUUUUGUUGUUUGCUUGGUUUUGCUUGUUUUUGGGAUUAUUAUGAGGUUCGAAGAUCUCUCUUUAUUAUUUUUGUUUGUUUUUGGAUUUACUUUCGCACUUGCGGUUAGUAUUCCCCUCGUUCUCUGCUUGCACUUUCACAGCAUGGUAGGCAAGGAGCUUUUUGCACAGGGUUGACCCGCAAUAGGAACCGACUUGAGAGAGAGGGGUGGGAGGGAGUGGGGGGGAUAUGAAGAAGUGCGUGUGUAGUGGGCGAGGGCGUUAGACUUGAAGGAUCUGAAGAUGAUGUAGGUGAAAGACAUUUGGGAUGCUGAGAUUACAGCUGCCAUGACCCCUAUCAUACACUUCAUGCAGUGCAAAUGUGUGGAAAUGAUUGGAAAUGAUUGUCUCUUUCUGUCUCUGCCUCUCCUCUCUCUCUCUUUCCUGAUCACGGUGUGGGCGUUUUUGAGAUCAGUGUGUUGUGUGUCAGUUGUGUUCUAGAAACAUGUGCAGCACCUGAAGGAAAGAAAGCACAUGUAUCUUCCUUACGGAGUGUGAUCACGUCAGACAGGUGGAGACAAAAGACAAAAGCUCAUUCUGAUGGAUUGGAGUAUUUAAAGUUUAUCAGACUGCACAGAUGUGGUAGUUUUGAUGGUAUUACUGGCAUUCGAAAAGCAUUGCAUCCAUUAAAUGCUAACCUGUCGUUUGUUUUUUUUGUGUGUGUGUGUGUGUGUGUGUGUUUGUUUGUUUUGCUUCUUUUUGUAGUGUACUUUUCAGACUGUUGUUUCUUUUUUUGUGUGUUUACCGUAAAUUGCACUUCUGGAAUAUUCUGGAACUGGUUUAAAAAUGUGAUGUUUGUAUACAAAUUUAUUUAAAAUCAUUUUCCAUAUGGCAUUUUUGUUACUUUUUUUUUUGCUGUCAGCCUUUUUUUGUGCUAUAUCCUGAAAAUGAUACCUCUUGCUAAAUCAGUGUUUUUAUCAACAGCCUUUUUUAUUCAUGGUUAACCACUGCCUUUCCUGUUGCUUCCCAGUACUGUAUGGACUUGAGAAACCUGUCGCAUUACACUUGAACUCUCGCACCAUUAAGCAGGACACUCCUGAGAUUCCCCCUCCGAGGGUUCCGCUACUGUCCUCAUAGAACAUCCUAAUUACAGUCUCUGAUUUGUGGUUAUUGAUUGAAAGCGUUUGUGUCAGUUAAUAAAUAAAUAAAGAAAUCAGAACAAAAAAGCACAAGCUGCAGACUUGAGUGUGUAAAGUGCCCAGCUGUCCCCUCUUCCUCUUCCUCCUCCUCCUCCUCUCUGGGUUCUUAAACACAUCAGAUGAAAUGGGUGUGAAAUGAUGAGGGUCCCCAAUAGCCUGGCCGUUAAUAGCCUUCCGUCAGAGAUAUCCCUAACAGGGGAAGAUGACACCCCAGUGUAUUAAUGGCUUUCUGUAGCGACCGGCUCCCAUUGCUGAAGUUGAACUGAUUUAAAGGAAAGACCUCCUUAACGAUGGAUAUGACUGGAAGCAGCACGUGUGGGAAUGACACUGAAGAUCCUUAGAGAAGCGCAGCGUUGGGAUGAUGGGAAUGUAAACGGUCAUCAUUUAGUGUUAUAUUUGUUUGUUUUCAUCCAGUCUGCAGUGUUUUUUGUGUCCCAUUAAGUGGCUGUCUUCUGUGAAAUAAAAGCUUUUUGCGUGUG